AUGCUGCGGCUGCUGUUGGCUCCCGUUCUUUCAACGGUGCAAGGCGGCGGUUAUGGCGAAGGCGGUGCAGGAGCAGAGUUGAAUCCGUUUGCCAUUCACCUUGCAUUGAUCUUCACUGUCGUUGCAACUUGCAUUUCAUCCUUGUCAGUAUGGCUCCAUUGGAAGAACUAUAGAAAACCGAAUCAGCAACGUCAAGUGAUUCGUAUUCUUUGGAUGGUUCCGAUUUAUGGCAUCAGUACCUACGUAUCUCUUGUAUCAUUGGACGUUGCAUUCUAUGUGGAUACAUUCCGAGACAUUUACGAAGCGUUUGUGAUUUAUGCAUUCUUCAAUCUCUUACUCAACAAGCUGGGAGGCGAACGAGCAUUGAUCAUCAUGUUGCAUUCAAGACCACCCUCCGAGAACUUUUUUCCUGGGACACUGUGGUCUCGUGAGAUCUAUGUGGGUGAUCCAUACACAUUCUUGUUUGUCAAGCGAGGCAUCCUCCAAUUCGUCUACGUCAAACCUGUCCUUGCCGUCCUCACAAUGAUCCUCAAGGCAACCGGCAAUUAUCAAGAAGGAGACAUGAGUUGGUCAGGCUCCUAUCUUUACCUCACGUUCUUUUACAAUCUCAGCGUCUGCUUGAGUCUGUGGUGCCUGAUGGUCUUUUUCUAUGCUACAAAAAAGGACAUGACAGGAUUCAGACCUUUCCCCAAGUUUCUUUGUGUCAAGGCUAUCAUCUUCUUUUCAUUUUGGCAAAGCGUCAUCAUUGCUCUUUUGGUGUCAGCUGGGUUUAUUCCUGAAGGAGAUGGUGCCGAGAAUAUAUCCGUAGCAAUCCAAGACUUUUUGAUAUGUUUGGAAAUGAUACCAGCAGCAAUUGCGCAUUCUUAUUCCUUUUCAUACGAAGAUUAUUAUGAUCGUAAUGUACAUUCGGCGAGAAUGCCAAUCAUGUACGCUAUUCGGGAUUCUUUUGGCUUGAAGGAUGUCUUGAUGGAUUCACUCGAUACCUUGCGUGGCUCCAAGUUCAAUUAUCGAUCGUUUGAACCUUCUGAAGGCGUGCCCCACAUUGGUAGCAGUCGCACAUCACGUAUCAUGGCGGGAUUACGAUAUUCAACAAGCACAGCAAAAAAGCAUUGGUUAGAACCAGCACCAGUAUCUCGGUACUUGAGUGCCGGACGAGGCAUGAAUGGCGAGGUGGUGGUUGAGCAAGCUGAACCUUUGGAGUUUGACGAUCCAGAUCCUUGGGAUGAGGUGGAAGCCUUAUAUGAAUCAAGUCGCACUAUGGUAUACGGUGAUUACAACUAUCCGGUUGUUGAUUUUCGGGCACCGUUAUGGAAACAAGCACGCUAUGGCAAUAGCAGUCCAACUGGUAGUAGUCGUGCACGUGGCUAUGGUGGAACGGAUACAAGUGCUGCAGGAGGAGGAGGCAUGGCAUCAGUACGCAAGGGAAAAUUACGUAUGCCUGAUAGGCCACCAAGUCGACGUGAGGGAUGUGUUGAUGUCAUUGUGGAACAAGGCAAAGGCAACUAUGUGGUCGUUGCAGAUGUUUCUUCCCAAGAAAAUGAGCAGCAGCAGCAGCAGCCAUCAUCAACAAGAACACCACCACCACGUUCUCCACGCUCACCAGCAGGUCGUCGACAACAACAGCAACAGCAAGCUGUAACGGGUCCUCCAAAACAUUUGAGAGCAUCUCGAUCUACACCAGCAACAGAGUCUCCUCAACAACAACAGCAGCAGCAGCAGCAACAACGACAUUUGAAACCACAUCCAUCACCAUCAUCAUCAUUAUCACCAGGCAACCCACAACCCUAUCCAUCCUUUUCUUCACCCCAAUACAAUCAUCCACCAUCAUCAUCAACAACAACAUCAUCACCACAACCACAACGUCAACAAAACAACAUGGAAACAGUUUCCUCCUCCACCUAUUCAUCACAUGUCACUCAUCCAGUUGCAUCCACCUCUACACCACCUGCUCAACCUGAUCACUCAUCCACUUCGCAUCAACCCCAACAACGUGGUAUCCACCAACUCUUUGAUGAAGACAAUGAUGAUAUAUUUACAAAUAACGUGUGGAAAUGA